GAAGCAUUUCUCGUAAGCGAUCUGUCUCUAGACCACGAGAGACAGAUAACCCCGACUGGUGCUGGUAUCAUAACCAGUAUGGAAAUUUUCCAGAAAUCGCAGAAAACCCUGCAAUUUUCCCAACACGAAACCGACUGAUUCGAAAAGCAAUUCGGGAAACUUCCAAGCCAGCACGCGUUAACGGCAACCGUAGCCGGCGAACAAAGCCGUCUGUUAUUCGUCACAGAUGUGACAACGAGAGUUCGCUACCUCGUCGACACUGGCGCAGAAGUUAGCGUUCUCCCUGCGAAUUUCAACGACCGACUUCACGAAUCGACCCUAAACUUACAGGCGGCAAACGGAAAACCUAUCGCUACGUAUGGCAAAAGGUACGUUUACCUUAACGUGUGUUUACGCAAACCCAUUCACUGGAUCUUCGUUGUCGCAGAUCUUUCUAUGCCAAUCAUUGGUAUGGAUCUUCUACAACACCAUAAUCUGAUCAUCGAUAUGCGCAAACGGAGGCUAGUAGACGGAAACACUAAUUUAUCCGUUUGCGUAACUUCUUUUACCGAUUGCAAAUUAUCCCCAGUCACAAUUAAGCAUAUGACAGACCCAUUCUAUAAGCCACUACUCGAUAAGUACCCUGGGAUACAACAAACUCAACCGAGAUUACCGUGUGUAACCAGCAACGUUACACAUCACAUCACGACUACAGGACCACCUGUAUUCUCUAAAGCACGACGACUAGCUCCCGAAAAGCUAAGGUUAGCGAAAAACGAGUUCGACCAUAUGAUAGACUUAGGAAUCAUACGGCCGUCAAGUAGCCCAUAUGCAUCUCCGUUGCAUAUGGUCCUUAAAAAGGAGAGCAACGAUUGGCGUCCAACUGGUGACUAUCGGCGAUUGAACGCGAAAACCAUUCCCGAUCGUUACCCGUUGCCUCACAUUCACGAUUUGACAGCUACCUUGAAAGGUACAACUGUCUUUUCGAAAAUCGACUUGGUUAAAGCGUAUAACCAAAUUCCUAUGGCUACUGACGACAUACCGAAAACAGCCAUCAUAAUUCCCUUCGGACUCUAUGAAUUUUUGCGAAUGCCUUUCGGUCUAAAAAAUGUUGUUCAAACAUUCCAAAGAUUCAUAGACGACGUUUUUCGAGGUCUCAACUUCGUACAUGCGUAUGUUGACGACUGUUUAAUCGCAAGUCCGGACAGAGAAACACAUCUCAAGCAUCUGGAUCUUGUUUUCGAACGAUUACAAAAACACGACAUUACUGUAAACGUUCAGAAAUGCCAAAUCGGAGCUGACUCAUUAGACUUCCUAGAACACACUAUCGAUGCUCAAGGUAUCCGACCCCUUAGAACCAAAGUGGCGGCCAUUCCGGAUUACCCAGGACCGACCACCGUCAAGCAAUUACGCACGUUUAACGGCCUCGUAAGUUUCUAUAGACGUUUCAUACCGAAACGCGCAUUACUUAUGAAACCUCUGACCGACCAACUUCGUGGAAAUGCGAAAUCCAUUAAGUUGGACGACACCGCACGAAAAGCAUUCUCCACAGUUAAGGAACUGAUUGCUAAAACAACAAUCUUCGCACAUGAGGACACCGAAGCACCCAUUAGUAUCGCUGUAGACGCAUCCGACUCAGCAAUCGGAGGAGUCUUACAACAAUGGGUUAACAACUACUGGCAACCCUUGGCAUUUUUCUCUAGACGGUUGCUAGACACCGAAUCAAGGUACAACACAUUCGGUAGGGAACUCCUAGCUAUGUAUUGUGCUGUACGGCAUUUCCAACACUACAUCGAAGGCCGUGAAUUCACUCUUUUCACGGACCAUAAACCGCUCACUUUCUCGUUAAGCUCUCCUUCUGACAAGUACUCUCCCCGUGAGUCUCGACAACUGGACUACAUUACACAGUUUACUUCAGAUAUUCAACACAUCUCUGGAGCAAACAAUGUAGUUGCAGACGCCUUAUCUCGCAUAACUUCCUUGAACAGUUUCCAAGGAAUCGACCUUCUUAAACUCGCCGAGCUUCAAAAAGAAGACAGUGAUCUUCAGCACGAGUUAUCGUCCACAACACUUAAACUACGCAUCAAACAGAUGGGAACAGGUAAGGAAACCUUACUUUGUGACACAUCUACAUGUAGGGAUCGCCCAAUCGUGCCGAAACAUUAUCGACGCAAUGUCUUCAACACAUUGCACAAACUUUCGCAUCCAGGUGUUCGUGCAACCAUCAAGCUUAUAGCAGAACGGUUUUGCUGGCCUGGCAUGAAUAAAGACGUGACGGAGUGGGCACGCUCCUGUGUAAGCUGCCAAAAAUCUAAGGUCAUCAGACACAAUAAAUGUCCCUUAGGCUCAUUUAAAACUCCCGAUGCUCGUUUCGACCAUGUUCAUCUGGAUUUGGUAGGACCUUUACUAGAUUCAAAUGGAUACUCUUAUCUCUUAACCUGCGUAGACCGUUUCACUCGAUGGCCGGAAGCAGUACCUAUCAAGGACAUCACUGCUGAAACAGUGGGUCGCGCCUUCGUCGAACGAUGGGUAGCAUCGAUCGCUUGAAAGCAGCAUAUUUAGAAGGAAAUCCUAUCUACAUCGAUUUUCCUUCGGUACAAUCGCACAACACGACUCCUACACUCAUAAUUCCUCAACCGACAACCAACACUAGCGAUGAUACUCCGAAUGUAUCUGAAAAUAAACUUAAAACGACGCGUUCUGGAAGAAGAGUAAGAUUUCCAGAACAUUUAAACGACUACUGCACGUAAGGCACUACUCGACAUUUUAUAUUAUCCCGAUCUUUCUUUUUAACGAUAUAUAAUUUUUUUUUAAAAAGACAAUUUUAUUAUGCUUAUAUAUUUAUAUUUUUAUUAAGAAAAAAACAAAACAUAAAAAAACAUUUUUUUAACGCUAUUACGUGUGCCGACAUUGUGUUUUUACGCACAUACGGGUGUAUUUCGACAUGCACUUACAUCUUCUUUUUUCUUUUCCAGGACGGCUGGAAAAGAACAAUGCAGUUUACGAGGAGUCGAAAUUUUCGUUGUAACUCUUUCUUUUUUACUAUGUUGUACCUCGGUCUCAUAUAGUAAGGAAAGACGACCAGCCGCUGCUACACUUAGUAAGCUAUCAGAAGAGUGUUUACUAACGACAAACACGUUGGGUUUAAACUUCUGGUUGGCCACGUCUUAGCGUCGUCACUGCCCCACUAGAGGGGGGAGUGAUCUGUAGCGGUAAAUAAAUCCCCAAAAUAAAUAGCACUGUAAGUUUUCGACAUUGGAUGCUGACCAUAUGUUUUAGUGGACUCAUCUAGCUGAAGGCGCUCGGUCAUGCAUCCGCACCAGAUCACGUGUGGUAACGCCGUGCUCAACAUCAACCGCAAUCGCUGGUCAGAUUAGAUCAGAGAAUUCCGAUAUAUUGGUUAUCGCCAAAUACACUCUUCCGAUCUCCUCGACUCUGUCUUUUGAUUUCUCUGGGUGGGUACAAAUCAUAUUAGAAGGUGUUAUUGGUAGAAGCGUUGUCAAACACUGAAUACAUGUAACAUCCUUCAACUCCGACAUAACGUAGGAGGUCACACCAUUCGCGACCAACAGGAGCAGAGCUUGAUCAUCCAAACAGGUCACCUAAGUUGGUGCUCUACAAGUAAUAAGUAAUAACGGUAAAUGAAAUGCAAGAGUCAUUUGACCAAUCACCGGCCAACAACAACAAAAAUUCCUAACAAACAAUGAACUCACCUCAGUUUCAGUUAGAUGGAGCGAAACUAAGCAAUCUAUACAUGACCAAUCAAAGGGCAGUAAAACAAAGAACCAUCUCAAGUAAAACAUGAAUGUCACAAUUAGUACGAUGACAAACUGUUUAUCGGAAUGCAAACAGGAAGAGCAGCACUUACAAGAUAAUAUACAUAUUAGACGACAAUAUGAUGACAACUGUUAUGUAAAUGAAAUCUAUCUGAGAAUUACGUUUUGGGUAAGCAUCACAAAUGGAGUUCUCCGAAUUACUAAGUGUCCUUCUACAUGAUUGACACACCGCGUGUAAAGAAGGAUAAACCCAUACUACUCCUUCGUAUUUGGAUUGUUGAUGCUUGAAUCGACAUAUAGUUUGACGGUAGAAUUCCGUCCUCAGAUUACUUGAGA